GCCUUGACACAAUGUACUCUUUGCACCACUAAUGUUCUGUUUACAAUACAUGUUGAACUAUCUUUUAUUAUGUAGCUAAAUCCAGGAUACAGUCAUUAUGUAACAGAUGCAAUGUCAACUAUGUUUAUUUUGCUCAGCUUGCUAUUUUUUAAUGCAUAAUCAAGCCUUACGAAUUCUUACGUUUUAAAGAAAAUUGUAAUGGGAAAGUCUUGCUGUAGACAGCUAACACGAAAGAGAGAAGAGAGCCCACCGACUGUAUCUUCAUGUAGGAGGCGCUGUCGACAUUAACAAUACACAAUAUACACAAUAAAGUCGUUCUCCUGGAUAUUAGAACUAACAACCAGCUGCUGGCAAAAAAAUAAUGAUUGCAUUGAAGUGCUAUCUCUCUCUUCCAUUGGUGGCAGGGGCAUUAUUAGUGGGCCUCCCUUACAGUAUCUCUCUGGUUGCCCAGUGGCUCUAUGGCUGGCCCAGUAAACCAGGGUACCAAAAAUAUUUAGAGGCUGUCAAACCAAGACGCAUAUACUGCCUGACAAGAGCUGUGCUUGAAAUGCUGAAGUAUCUGCAGUAUGGCAAACUGUAUUUUCAGUGGAAACUGUGGUACAGUAAUGACAAAAAUAACAAGCACUAUGUGAAAGGCAUCACCUUUGGCCGCCGAGGGAAUAAGCUAGAUUUAUAUUAUUCACCAAGAACGGGCCGUUCUGAUGCUGCUCCUGUACCGGUGGUCGUAUUUGUGUAUGGAGGAGCCUGGGGUUCAGGAGACCGCUCUAUUUACUGCCUGUUAGCCUUACAAAUGGCAAAAGAGCUUAAUGCCUCUGUCAUUUGUCCAGAUUAUUCCAUAUAUCCAAAGGGAAAUGUGUUAAAUAUGAUUCAAGACAUUAGUGACAGUUUGCUGUGGGUGAGAGAAAAGGGACACGCGUUCAAUCUUGAUCAAGACAACAUAAUAUUGAUAGGUCAUUCGGCAGGGGCUCAUCUGUGUGCCAUUACCACACUGUUUCUGGUGAACAAUGUAGAAGAAUUGUUCAUUGAGACCAACAAACAGAGAGGUCUUGUAGCUGCCAUCAAAGGAAUCAUAGGUCUGAGUGGCGUUUACAGUAUAAUGGACCAUUAUAAGCAUGAGAAAAUGCGGGCUGUUGAAUAUGUGUCAACUAUGCACAAAGCUAUGGAUGGUGUGGAGAACUUUGAUUAUUAUUCACCAACAUCACUACUCAAGAAAUUGAACAAUGAUCAGCUGAAACGAGUUCCUCCAGUGGCUUUGCUCCAUGGAACCAAUGACAUCAUAGUUCCGGUGGAAUCAUCAGUGAUGUUCUCCGAGCUCCUCACUUCUCUUUCUGUCAGUAUGUCUCUUUAUCUAAUACCUAAAAUGAACCACACCGAGAUGGUCACUGACCUUAUGGCUCCGGACAGGCACUUUUACCAUACUGUUUAUGGCUGUAUUAAACAGGAGUACAGUAAAUUUCAGGGUUAGGUUGAUUAAUAUUUUUCAUGAAGUCAUGAAAUUACUCAUAUCUUUUUCCAAUGUGCCAAACAGUCAUUAUCCUUAAGUCAUUGUAUGUUCUUUAUAGCUGUAUUGUAAGUUUACAUUCUAAUGAUAUGUUUUUUUCUUAAAUGUUUAAGUUUCCAUCAAAAUGUGUUAAUAAGAUGAAAAAGUUAGUUCUGUGCUUGUUAACUGAAAUAAAUAAAAAAAAAAAACAUUCUGUUUAAAAACUACCUUUUAAAGUGUAAUUAAAUGCAAUGAAAGGAGAUUGUUCCAGUUAAGACAGGAAGAAUGAAUGAAAAUUUACAAUUGUUUUGUAUUUAAAAAUAUAAUACAUGUAUGCAUAGAGAAAUACUGUAUUCUUAUACAUAUAUUUUAUGUGUAACUUCUUACAUAAUAUUUAUUUAAAUCGUACAUAAAUGUUUCUUUUUGUGUUCUAAGUACAGAAUUGGUUAUUUGGAUAUUGACAUUCUUUUGUUUGUUAAGACACAGUUGAUGCCAUGUGAUCUUAGAUUAAAUAACAUAUGCUUCAGCUGUGCAUGCUGUUGAAAUGUUAUUGAUUUAUAUUUGCUUUUGUCAUGAAUAUGAUGAAAUGUUGUUACCAAGAACAGGUGUUGAGACCAGCAUUGAAUAUUUACCUUAUAAGUAAACUGCUUCUUAAUGUGGGGGCAUAUGCUUAUGAUAUCGUAUGAAUGUAAUUCAGUUACAAUGGAUGUAACAUAAAGGUAUAGCACAGGUGUAUGAUCUAAUAUUAUUGAGAAACGUGUUUGAUUAAAUAUACAUGCAUUACAAAUCAAUAUAUUAUUUACAUAUUGAUUGCACUAGAACUGUAACAUCAGCAUCAUGUGAAAUUGACAUUUCUUUCUUCUUUUCCUGCUGUGGCAGUAAAAUGCAUUAAACAAACACUGUAAAUUC